AUGGGUACGUUGAUGAGUUGGGUGAUAAUUGGAUCAGGUGAUGACGUACAUUCUUCCGAUUUGAGUUGCCUCACGAGUAGUACCGAUUCAGAAGCGAAUCCCGGAUACAAGGAAGUAUCCGCAGAGCGACUCAGAAAUGUAUCAGAUAAUGAAAGUGAUUCAAUGAACAAUGAGGCAUCGAGUGAGGAAUCAAUGUUUUCUGCUUCAGAUCAAUCUAGAGCUGAAACCGAUAUGCUGUCGAACUUAGAGAAGAAUUUGUCUUAUGCUGAUUCUAAGCAAAUAACUAUGAGUCCUGAAAUACCUCUGAUCAAGAUUCAAUAUCCUGAUGAUAUCUCGGAUACCGUAUCAAGAAUGACUGAUGAUGAUAAUGAUACUCAUAUUCAUGUAUCUACCAAUGAAAACAUUUUCGGCAACCUCAUGGAAACCACGAGUUCAUCAUCGAAGGAGGAUAACACUAUCCUACAGAAUUUGAACUGCAUUGGUGUUCCAGAUGAUACAUAUUACUCAUAUUCACCAUUAGAAGAAGGAUCAUUAUCUGAUUCCAAAAAGAUCAACAUAGUUUCUGUUCACAAUCUUGAGGCGAUAGAAUGGUCAGUCAUCAAAGAAACAGAUACCAUGGGUUUCAAUGCCUUGAAAGUAAAUGACAAUAAUAUGCUGACUGAGAUAGAGAUACCAUUAUUCAGUGAUACAUUGAUGAUUCCUGCUCAAAACAAAAACCGUCAUCCGAAUUCUACGAAUAAUAAUGCAGGUGUUGCUGAAGAAGAUAUUCAAACUUCGUCUAAACGCAUCGACAGAGUGAUAGCGAAUUUUGGGUUAAUCACGAGAGAUCAUAAUACCAGUAAACUAGAUUGUAUCGAAAAUUCUAGACCGUGGACAAAAAAAAAUACUUGCCCGUAUUGUUUUGUCGAUAUCACACAUUUUUCUAGGCAUUUGCAAAGAAAUCAUGCCGAAGAAGGUGCAGUUCAAGAACUGUUGUCUCUUCAGACAAGAGAUCCGAAGCGAAAAAAACUACUCAAUGCUAUUCGUAGGCAAGGUAACUUUGUUAACAAUGAAAAAGGUUCAGUGCUAAGGCCAGUUAGAAGACCUAGAAAAAAAAGUGAAGACAAGAACGAAGAUGAAGACUCCGUUUACCUUGCUUGUGAUAAUUGUUUAGGUUAUUUCAAGAAACCUUUCAUGAGAAGACAUAGGAGAAAGUGCACUUUGCGAGUAGACAUACCUUCCAAUAGAGAAAAUCAUUUAUCGUUAGCACAGGCAUUUUCGAUUUGUUCAAAUUCAGGUUUCUAUGAUAACUUGAGAUUGAAAAAAGAAGUAAUCGAUAAUAUGCGGAGUGAUGACAUUUCUAAAGCAGCGAUCAGGGAUGUUCUGAUAUGCAGUUAUGCUGAAAGCCAACUAAAGAAACAUAAGCGAAUACAAGCUAAAAUAACGGUAUCGAACCGAAUGAGGGAAUUAGGAAGACUUCUUCUUGUUGUCAGACAAAUUAACGGAACACAAAGGUUUAUUGACCUACUCAAACCUGAAUGCUUUGAUAAUAUUGUAACAGGGACUAAAAUAAUAAGUGGUUAUGAUAAAGAGACCCGAACAUUCACGGCAAGUAGUUUAGCGCUCCAUAUGGGCACGAGGCUCAAGCAGGUUUGUGACAUAGCCACAAAACUCAUUAUUCAAAAAUAUCGCUUUCUUCCAUGCAAUCAGCCUGAACUUUAUUUGAAAAAUAUCAAGCGUUUCAGAAAUCUAGUAGAACAUCACUGGAGUAAUGAACUCUCCAGUCUGGCUCUCAAGGAUUUGAACGAGAAAAAUUGGGAGAAACCAAAAUUAUUGCCUCUCACCAGUGAAGUUAUGCAAUUUCAAAAAUUUGUGAUGGCCGAGGCUAUAACAGCAAACGAUAAUAUCAAAGAGAAUAAAAACCUCCAAUCCGCAUUCAGAAGACUCACAGAAUGUGUAUUAGCCUUAACAUUAUUACUCAAUAGGAAACGCAUUGGAGAAGUUCAAUAUUUGAAAUUGAAAACCUAUAAUACUGACGUUCAGCCAAAUGAGCAAGAUGAAAUUUUAAAGGCAAUAUCAGAAUCUGAAAAAAUUCUCUGUAAAAAUUUUAAACGAGUAAUUACUGGUGGCAAAGGUAGUAAACCUGUGGCAAUAUUAUUCCCUACCAAAAUUCAAUCAUUCAUCAAAACUCUGUUGAGUUAUCGUACAAAAUGUGUUGCUGAUACAAACCAGUACUUGUUUGCGAAUCCAAGAACAGAAAAUCGAUGGUUAAGUGGAUACCACAUACUGAAAAAAUUAGCAGAGCAGUCUGGUGUAAAUAACAGAGAGUUAUUCACGUCGACCAGACUACGGAAACAAAUAGCGACUGUAUUACAAAUAAUGAAUAUAACUGAAACCGAGAUGGAACAAUUUGCAAAUUUCAUGGGACACACAAUGAAGACACACGAGCAAUAUUACAGGUUACCUCAGGAUGUCUAUCAAACUGCGAAAGUCUCCAAAUUACUCCUUGCCAUAAAUAGUGGCAAAGGCGCUCUUUAUAAAGGAAAAACCCUUGACGAAAUAGAUUUCUCAGAUGAUGUAGAAUCAGAUGAUUCUGACUCUGAAGAGACUAAGGAAAUAUUCACCAGAAAAAAUUCGAUCAGUAAAAGUGAAAUAACCAACUCCAGCAAGUUGAUGAAAAUUGCUGUGCCAGGUACAUCAGAAUCGGAUUUCAAUAACGACUAUGAAGACAAUCCAAGUUCUGAUGAAGAUGAAGUUGAAAAUCCGAAAAAGAAGAAGAAAGCUGGUAAAACCCAGAGAAUCAGAUGGACUGAAGAACAAAAAAGGAUCAUCAGCACGUUUUUCAGAGAUCAUAUACGGAAUAAGAUAGCCCCGAAAAAACUUGAAGUGGAAAAGUUAAUGCAACAAAAUAAAAAACUAUUCAAGAGUAAGAAUUGGGUGAAGAUCAAAGCUUAUGUAUACAACUGCUAUAGAGACAAAUGA